AUGGUGAGUUGGCUCAACUAUCGACCGGCCGGACGUGUCGGCAGACAAGCGGGCGUCGAAAAACACACGGCUUCCAGCUGCCUCGGCCCAGACACAGCCGAGACGGGCACUCGAGAGGCUGCUCACUUACGCAAUCACGCGUCCCCGUGUCUACGCGUUCACUCGGGCAAAGUUGCAAGCAUAUUAGCACAACAGCAGCCUUUGAGAUUAUGA